AUGGCUUCUACAUCAUCUACUGGUUUGACGCAUUUCCAAUUGACAUCUGUCAAGUUGGAUGGCACUAACUAUCCAUCAUGGUCUAAAGCUGUACAAGUUUAUCUUACUGCAACUAGACAGCAUGAUUAUCUUACAUCCACACUUCCCUCGGAUAAGAGUAAAGUAGAUGAUUGGAUUGCUGGAGAUGCAAUGAUCCGUACAUUGUUAUGGAAUAGUAUGGAUCCGAAGAUUAGCCCUCACUUUAUUCAAUGUAAUUCUGCUAAGGAAGUUUGGGAUAAAUGUGCUCUAUUUUAUUCUGGCCAAAAUAAUAUGACACGAGUAUGUGACACAUGGGAGGCCCUGUUUGAUCUUCAGCGUGGAGAUCAGUCUCUAUCUGAAUAUUAUGCUCGUUUCACUACACUUUGCAGACAGCUAGAUACUUAUCUUCCAGCUUCCAAUGAUCCAAAUGUAUUAGUCAAAGGUCAGGAGGAUCUUCGAGUGAUACUAUUUCUUAAAGCACUAGGGCCUGACUAUUCCUCCCUUCAUCAGCAGAUUAUGUCUGAAAGCUCCCUUCCUACAGUUGAUGAGGUUUUCUCCCGAGCCUUACGCUCGACACCUACUGACAAGAUCUCCACUACAACUUUAGAGACAAGUGCCAUGAUUUCUCAUGGCUCUAGUGGAAGUGGAGCUCGUGGUCAUGGUUAUCGGGGUCAUGGACGUGGGCUUAUUCAAGGUGGAAGUCGUGGUGAUCGUGAUAGAAUUCUUGGUAGCCGUGGCACUCGAUAUUGUAACCAUUGUCGGAGGGCUGGACACACUGAAGCUUACUGCUACACGCUUCAUCCAGAGCUUCGACCCACAGUUGCUGCAUUUGUUGAAGUUGAAGAUUUCUCACUUGUUCAAUCCAAUCCUACUAAUGUGCAGGAUACAAAAGAUUCAGUUACAUUGACACGUGCAGAAUAUGAGGCUUGGAUUCACUCCAAACAGGUGACAGGAACUUCAGCUCCCACUGCCACUCUAGAUCUGAGGACUAGACAGGUGAUUGGUGGGGGACAUGAAUCAAAUGGCCUAUACUAUCUGGACAAGAAGGUGAUAGCUGCAGCAGCUCUGAAGCACACAUCCACUGAUGUCUAUCAGAUGCAUUGUCAUGCUGGUCAUCCCCCGCCAAACAUUCUUCGACGAUUGUUUCCAGAGUCUGAGUCUGGGGAGACACCCUUCUCUAUUUUACAUCCAAAUCGUCCUCCCUUUGCAUUACCUCUACGUGUCUUUGGCUAUGUUUGUUUUGUCCAUUCUCUGACUCCAGGUCUUGAUAAGUUGGCUCCUCGUGCUGAUAAAUGUAUCUUUGUUGGCAACUUUCUGUCUUAUGAUCGUUUAUCUCCUACCUUCUCUACUUUUGUCUCGUCCUUGUCCUCUAUUUAUGUGCCUAGCAAUGUUACUGAAGCUCUUGCUCAUCCUGGUUGGAGACAAGCCAUGGAGGAUGAAAUGAAAGCACUCAUUGAGAAUCGCACUUGGAAGCUUACUACUCUUCCUGUGGGAAAGCAACCUGUUGGUUGUCGUUGGGUUUUCAUGGUUAAGGUCCACCCUGAUGGCACUAUAGAUCAAUUGAAGGCACGGUUAGUCGUUAAAGGAUAUACUCAGACAUAUGGUGUUGAUUAUGAUGACACUUUUUCUCAUGUAGCCAAAAUUCCAUCUGUUCGUGUCUUUAUUUCUCUAGCAGCACAUUUUGGAUGGUUUCUUCAUCAAUUAGACAUCAAAAAUGCAUUCCUACAUGGUGAUUUGGCUGAAGAGGUGUAUAUGGAGCAACCACCUGGAUUUGUUGCUCAAGGGGAGAAUCUGGUAUGUCAUUUACAUAAGGCAUUGUAUGGACUCAAGCAAUCUCCCCGUGCUUGGUUUGGUAAGUUUAGUGAUGCUGUUAUUAAGUUUGGAUUAAAGCGUUGUCAAGUAGACCAUUCAGUCUUCAGUUCUGUCUCCUCAGCUGGUUGUAUUCUUCUGGUGGUAUAUGUGGAUGAUAUUAUCAUUACUGGCAGUGAUUCAGAUGGUAUUCAACGACUCAAACAAUUUCUGCAUACACAGUUUAGUACUAAGGAUAUGGGACAUUUGCGGUAUUUCCUAGGUAUUGAGGUUGCCUACUCGCAUACAGGUAUAAAUUUAACUCAGAGAAAAUAUGUCCUUGACAUUCUUGAUGAGGUUGGGCUUGUUGGAGCAAAACCAGUUGAUACUCCUAUGGAACCCAAUGUGAAACUUGAUGCAGAAGAUGGAGAAUUAUUACACGACCCAUUGAAAUAUCGGAGAGUAGUUGGUAAGUUGAAUUAUCUUACCGUCACGAGACCUGAUAUAUCUUUUGCCGUUAGUGUUGUAAGCCAAUUCAUGGGUUCUCCUCGGACUACUCACUGGGAUGCUGUGCUUCGAAUUAUCAAAUACUUGAAAGGAGCACCAGGUAAAGGACUAAUUUUCAAGAAUUGUGGCCACCUAAAUACCACAGGUUUUUCUGAUGCGGAUUGGGCUGGAUGUUCUACUAGUAGAAGAUCUACAUCAGGUUAUUGUGUAUUUCUUGGAGGUAAUUUAGUUGUCUGGAAGAGUAAGAAACAACAUGUGGUUUCUCGAUCAAGUGCAGAAGCGGAAUAUAGAGCAAUGGCACAUGUGACUAGUGAAUUGCUCUGGUUGAGGAUGUUAUUGUCAGAAAUUGGGAUGUCAACAUCAGAACCAUCGAUAUUAUAUUGUGACAAUUAAUCAGCUAUUCAUAUUGCAAACAAUCCCGUCUUCCAUGAGCGAACCAAGC